AUGCCCGGCUUUGGUGGUAGUGAUGAAGCCAGAUAUGGCGAGGGUCGAGAACGUGGGGCACGGAGAAGGAAGUUGGCUGGCUAUUUGAAAGCUGCGAAUGAGCUCAGACAGUCAUAUCAACAAUCCUACACGCAAAACUGGGGCUCGGGCAAUGCAGACUUGGACGAUGAUCCAAACGGGAUACCAGGUGCUUUUCCGGAUGUAGCCAUUGUCUCUCAUGGAGAUGAGCAGCUUCUUUUGUUCCCUUCCUAUGCAAAAAGACAUAUCAAGGAGACACCGAAUCCAGACGCCCGACGAGCGCAGGGCAGCAGUUCCGACGACGGUCCUGGAGAUGCAGAAUACUGGGACAGGGAAUGGCGGAAGUUUGAAGAUGACAGGGCUAUAGUUGAUGUGGACGUUCGAGGAUGGGUAUACUCACCUCAUCGGGGUCCUUUGAACCGGAAGAAUCGUUUGCUUAUUGGGCUCGCACGACAGCUGAGCGGGAUACCAGCUCCUGCUAAAUCACCAAAUACAGAAAAUGGUUUGGAUGCAUCUUCAUCUUUACGAUCAAGGCAGAGAGAGCAUGAAGCUAGACUUGAACAGGAGAGGAUUGCACUAGAAGCAGAGCAGAUCCUGAAGAAGGGUGAAGGAGAGGGAAACGUUGCUGCUCAGGGCGGUUAUAGUGAGAAUCCAAGAGAUAGGUCAGAUGCUGAAAGCAUAUAUGGAGAUCGUGGCAGAAGUGGGACCCCGUCUGACGAUCCACCUGGGCCAGGAAAUCUCCAGAAACGCCCAUCUUGGAAUCAGCCCUCUGAUAUGUCACAAGCAGAAUUAGCUGCUGCAAAUGCACACUUGAUGAGUCGUUUGAAGCCAUUUCUUACGAACCCGUUAGUGUCUAUACCUAUAACUGUAUUCUUCUACGACGAGAAGACGUCUGUUUCUAGGACGAUAACAAGUAAUGAGGCUGGGCAUUUUAACAUGCGAGCCGCCCUCGAUUUCAUACCAACUCAUGUCAGAGUGUUGGCCUCGGAAGGCCUCUCCGCGACUGAAGAGAUCAAGAUCAUGCAACCGAAGGGCGUCAGUGUAAUCAGUGAUGUUGAUGAUACCAUCAAACAUUCUUCCAUUGGCAGUGGAGCUCGUGAGAUUUUUAGGAAUGCAUUUAUUCGCGAGCUUGGGGAUCUCACUAUCGACGGCGUCAGGGAAUGGUACAACAAGAUGUACGAUAUGGGCGUAGGAUUACACUACGUUUCCAAUUCGCCAUGGCAGCUGUUUCCUGUCCUUAUGAGCUUCUUCCGGGUAGCGGGACUGCCUCCAGGAUCCUAUCAUCUCAAGCAAUACAGUGGAAUGUUGCAGGGCAUAUUCGAACCUGUCGCUGAGAGGAAGAAAGGGACCCUGGAGAGAAUCAUGCGAGAUUUUCCACAGCGCAAGUUCAUCCUCAUUGGGGACAGCGGCGAAGCUGACCUGGAGGUAUACACUGAUGUGGUCUUAGCCAAUCCGGGCAAAAUCCUGGCUGUUUUCAUAAGAGAUGUCACAACCCCUCAAACUCCAGGUUUCUUUGAUUCUACAUGGGGGCCAUUGAGCGGCGAGCGCCGCAGAAGAGAUACCAAUGCUCAAUUUGGAGAUAGCACGGCGUCACAAGUGUCCAAUAGAUCUCAGACAACUGAGCAAAGGCCUAAGCUUCCUCCGAGGGUCAAGUCCGAAGCUACCCCUAAAACGAGUGAUGGUCCAACUAUGGGGAAACUGAUCGAUUUUGACGAUGAACCCGAGCAAGCGAGUACUCCUGAGUCUCGCGGUCGUGUCAUGCCUCGUUCUUCUUCUGAUUUCCAGUCCCUUGAUAUCCCGAGGCGAAAAUCGGCCCCUGAUAAUGACCGAGCACCACCACCUCGACCCCCACCUCGGCCCUCAAAGCCAUUAGCACUCCGCAGCAUGACGGUGGCCGGCACGCCCGAUGCCCCCGAAGCAACAGAGAAACGUUCACCACCUCCGCCUCCAAAACCGCGCCGUAGUCAAAAAGAUGGUGCUGCUUCUCACCCUCUAUCACAAGCGACAAGUUCCUCCGACCUUAAAGAUCCAAAUGAGGGAUACGUCUCAAUUGCCCGACACAAAGUCUCUGAAGCCUACAAUGCACUUCCCCCAGUUAGCUCUUAUCUUCCGGGGGAAUCCAUUCGAUCUUCGCAGAGUUCUGAAGCCCUUGCCUCUUCAUCUCCGGAAAGACCGCCCGCUCUACCGCCUCGUAGAGGCUCUGCAGCCCCAGUUGCUUCGAGCAGCUCAAAGCAAUUAUCACGCAGCAGCACUGAAGAUCUUGGUGACGGGGCAUAUCGUCCGACCAAUGCCCCCAUGAGUAAGAAGCUGGAUCUCUGGAAACGAAGAUGGAUUCGCGCGAAAGAUAUCCUUGAUUCUCGAGGCGUUGCGCUCAGGAGUUGGAGGGUUGGCAGCGAUGCCUGUCCAGAAGCUGUGCAGAUGAUAGAAAAGGCGCUGGCGGAGAUGGGCGUGGAAGGGUACGGAGUCGAUGGGCAAAGGAAGGGGAAAACCGGCCAAGGUGGAGGGGAAAUGAAGACUAAGGAUUUGAAGAGAUGA